UUUUAAUUUUAAAUUCUGUAUUUUAAGACUAAUACGGAGAAGUAUUAAUUUGUGAAGUAGUUGAUGCCAACUGAUCUUGGCGCGCGCAGUGUAACAAGACCUUUGCUUCAACUAUGAAAUCCACUAUACAAUCCUUGUAAAAAUCAAUGGAGGUCACGUCAUCCUACCCAAAACCACCAUUGUUCCAUACCAACACCACUCCAAGAAACUCCAAGAAAUCCCUACCCAUCCCGACCCACCCCAUCUCCAACACCUCCCUUCAAUUUCAAUUACCUCUACAUAAACCCCACUACAAAAUACACCAACCCAUUAAACCACAACCCAAGAAAACAACAAACGCAAGUAGCCCAAGUUGCACAAUCUCUGAUGUUUUAAGGCUAAUGGAUAGUCUUGGUAUUGAUAUACCCGUAGACACAUAUGUUUCGCUUUUCAAAGAAUGCACUGAAUUUCGCGAUCCUUUGAAAGCGGUUGAACUGUAUAACCAUAUUUGUAAAAGUGACGUUGUUCCUACCUUGCCGUUGUUGAACCGUUUGUUGCUUAUGCUUGUGUCCUGUGGCUGUUUCGAACAUGCACGCCAACUGUUUGAUAAAAUGCGUAUGAGGAAUUCUAAGUCCUGGGCUGCGAUGAUUGCGGGUUGUGUUGAAAAUGGGGAGUAUGAAGGGGCGUUGCGUUUGUUUAUGGAAAUGCAGAGUGAGGUUGGGAAUUUGUGUAAAUGUGGUGAUGUGAUUGAUGAUGGGAUAUUGGUGUGUGUUCUUAAGGCGUGUGUGGAGUUGAUGAAUUUGGAACUUGGGAAACAAAUUCAUGGAUGGUUAUUGAGGUUGGGUAAUUGUGAAAGUUUGGCGUUGAGUAGUUUUUUGAUCAAAUUUUACGGGGAGUUUGGUUAUCUAGAAAGCGCAGAUAAUGUGUUUGAUCAUGUUCCACGUUGUAAUACAGUUGUUUGGACAGCUAGAAUUGGCAAUUUGUGUAAAGAGGAGGAGUUUGAAGGCGUGUUAAGAAUUUUCAGGGAGAUGGUAAGAGAAGGAGUGAAGAAAAAUAGUUUUACAUUUUCGAGUGUUCUUAAAGCUUGUGGGAAGUUGAGCGAUGCUGGAUGUUGUGGUCGACAGGUUCAUGCUAGUUCCGUCAAGGUAGGACUUGAUACGGAUGGUUAUGUGCAGUGUAGCUUGAUUGACAUGUAUGGAAAAUAUGGGUUGCUAAGGGAUGCUCUGAGGGUUUUUAAUGCGAGAGAGGAUAAGAGCAAUAUUGCCUGUUGGAAUGCAAUGUUGAUGGGAUUUAUACAACAUGGUUGUGGUGUUGAAGCCAUGAAGCUUCUCUAUGAGAUGAAAGAAGCUGGUUUGCAGCCACAUGAGUCAUUGAUUAAUGAAGUGUUGUUGGUUUGCGGUAGUAGUAAUAUCGAAAAAAUGGAUGCUUGAAUUUAAGAAUCUCUCUUAGUUUCCAUGAAGACAUAAAGUGAUUUGCACGAUCAAAGAAUUUCUCAUGGAAUAUGGUGCAGCCAACCUUUUGAAAGAUCAACAAGCACGUGUAUAUAAUGGUGAUAUGGAGAGCUAUUAAACAAUC